AUGGGCCGCCGCCGCCUCUCGGCAUCCUCGUUGCCGGAGGCGGCUGGCGCCAUUCCGGAUCCAUUCCCUCCCGAGCUGCGGUGGCCUUUCGGCCGCCUCGACGCGCUCAGCCAGGACGAGCUCCGGGAGUCAGCCUACGAGAUCUUCUUCUCCGCCUGCCGAUCAUCCACUCCCGCUGGCACGCGCCCAUCUGCAGCCGGCGGAGGCCGGGCGGUGGCGGCGGCGAUCCCAGCGACAGCUGCCGCCGGUGGUGGAGCGAAGAACAUGGCGGCCACGAGCCGCCUGAAGUGUGCGCUUGGCUUGCGCGUGAGGAAGACGAGGUCUAUGGUGGGAGCGGGCGGCCGCCCGAUGACUUCGGCGGAGAUCAUGCGGAGGCAGAUGGGGGUCACCGAGCAGACUGACGGUCGCCUCCGCAAGACCCUCGUGCGCUGCCUCGUCGGCCCCCAGAUGCCCAAGAAGGUGGAAUCUCUCGUGCUUCCCUUGGAGCUCCUCCGCCACCUCAAACCCUCUGACUUCUCCGACGCCGGCGACCACCGCGCGUGGCAGCUCCGCCAGCUCAAGGUCCUAGAGGCGGGGCUCGUCUCGCACCCCUCAGUGCCGCUCGACCGCGGCAACCCUGCGGCGUCCUCGCUCCGCGAGACGAUCCGGUCCGGCGUCGUCGACGUGCGCGCCGUGUCCGCCGCCGCAAUGGCGCUGUCAUGGCGCUCGGUCGAUGCUUGCUGCUGGGCCGACGGCUACCCCCUCAACGUGCACCUCUAUCUGUCCCUCCUCCGCGCCGUGUUCGACGCCAGGGACGAGACGGCGGUACUGGACGAGGUUGACGAGCUGCUCGAGCUCAUCAGGAAGACUUGGAGCGUCCUGGGGCUCAACAGGAUGGUCCACGACGUCUGCUUCACCUGGCUGCUCUUCGAGAGGUACGUGACCACGGGGCAGGUCGAGCCGGACCUGCUUGGCGCGGUCCUGACGAUGCUCAAGCAGGUCAGUGACGUCGACGCCGAGAAGCAGGACGAGUCAUGGCACCUCAGGGUCUUGGCGGCGACACUGGCGUCCAUGCAUUCUUGGGCGGAAGACAAGCUGCUGGAUUACCACGAGGAGUUUGGUGUUGGUGACCAAGCAGCAGGUUCCAUGGAGAACGUUGUGUCCAUUGCUGUCUUAACGGCGGCGAUGCGAGGGGCGCUUGCCGUGGACUCCGGCGGUGAUCUUUCUGCUGGAUCAUCAUCGUCUUCAUCGGUUUCGGCUAGUGAGCAAGUGGAGCGGUACAUCAAGUCGUCGGUGAGGCGUGCUUUCAUCAGGCUGCACGAGACCGGCACCGCCGGGAAGAUGGACAGCAUGAUCGUGGAGGUGGACGAGGACCCUUGCGAGACCCUGAUGUACGUGGCGGCGCAGACAAUGGAGCUGGCGAGGGUGGAGAAAGAGGUGUACGGCCGCGUCCUCCGGCAGUGGCACCCGUGCCCGACGGUCGUGGCCGCCGCCGCCCUCCACGGCAGCUUCGGCGCUCUCCUGAAGCGGUACGUCUCCAGGAUGGGCAGCGGCCUGAGCAGCGAGUCUGCGCGCGCCCUGCACGCGGCCUCUAAGCUGGACAAGUCGUUGCUACAGAUGGCCGCCGCCGAGAACGAGGCCGCCGCCGGCCGGCAGCAUCGUCAGCAGAUGGUCCCCUACGACGUGGACUCCACCAUCUUUGGCCUCGUCAAGGGAUGGAUGGACGAGCGGUUGGCGACGGGGGCGGAGUGCGUGAGGAGGGUCCGGGACUCGGAGAGCUGGAACCCCAGGUCCAAGGCCGAGCCCUACGCGCAGUCCGCGGUAGACCUGAUGAAGCUGGCCAAGGUCACCGUGGAUGAGCUGCUGGAGAUCCAGGUGCCGUCCUCUUCCUGCCGAGAGGAGCUCCUGCAGUGCCUGGUCGACGGCAUCGACCGGCUUGUCCACCAGUACGCUCUGCUCGUCGCCUCCUGCGGUAGUAAGGAGAGCUACGUCCCUCCGCUGCCGCCGCUGACGCGGUGCAACCAGGACUCGAAGCUCGUGCAGCUCUGGAGGAAGGCGGCGCCGCCGUGCCAGGCGGGCGCCGACAGCCAUCUCAGCUGCGGCGGGGUCGUCGACAUCGCCACGAGCAGCAAGCUCACCAGGCUGGUGGCCGCCACCAGCCGCGGCACGCAGCGCCUCUACGUCCGUCUCAACACCCUCCACUAUCUGCUCGCCGUCCUCCACUCCAUCGACAGGGCCCUCUCCUCCUCAGCGCAUCAGCGGCAUCAUCGCCGCGCCCGGAGCUCCGCCUUCGACCGCGCCCGCCCCGCCCUCGACGCUGCCUGCCUCCACGUGUCCGAGGUCUCCGCCUACCGCCUCGUCUUCCUCGACUCCGCCCACGCUCUCCACCAGGCGCUCUACCAGGGGGGCGUCGUCUCCGACGCCCGCAUCCGCCCCGCGCUGCGAGUCAUGAAGCAGAGCCUCGCGUUCCUCGCCAGCGUCCUCAGCGAGCGCGCGCAGCCGCUGGCGGUGCGCGAGGUCAUGAAGGCCUCCGUGGAGGCCUUCCUCACGGUGGUCCUCGCCGGCGGCAGCGGGCGGGCCUUCGGCCGAGCGGACUACGGGGCCGUGGCGGAGGACCUGUCGAGCUUGAAGCGCCUGUUCUGCAGCUUCGGGCUGCCGGAGGAGGCGGUCGAGAGGGAGGUGGCGCAUGCGGAAGGGGUGCUCGCGCUCAUGGCUCUGCCCACGGAGAAGCUCAUCGACGAGCUCCUCAGCCACUACGCUUCCAGUCCGACAGCUGAGCUGCCGAUGGCAGUGCCACCCACGACGAGGCGCUGGAGCCGGUCCGACGCCAACACCGUCCUCCGCGUGCUGUGCUACCGAGACGACGAGGCAGCGAGCAGAUUCCUAAAGAAAGCCUUCGAUCUGCCCAAGAGAAGGUAG